AUGAGUGCUUCUCGUGUGGGCUUUAAUUUGUUGUUAUGCGUGACAAUCAUUCUUGUUAUGCUCCAGUGUUUGUCUGUACAUUGCAAGCGUUUGGAUUAUAUUUCGUUUCAAAAACCCUUUGAUGAGAUUGAUAGUGAAGGUCUGCGCCAGGUUGGACCCAACUUUGUGUACGGUGGUGACACGGCCGUAAAUCGCCAUUUUGCACGACUGACACCUGAUCGUCUGAGCAAGCGUGGACAUAUAUGGGGUAAUCAGAAGCUUGCGGUCAAGGAAUUUGCCGCUGUGUUUACGUUCCGUAUCAGCGGUCAAGCAAAAUACUGGUUUGGCGAUGGCCUAGCGCUUUGGCUCACUACGAGCCAAUUUGUGCAGGGCGAUAAUCAUGGCUUUAUUGGAGAAUUUAAGGGCGUUGGUGUCGUGUUUGACACUUUUGUUAACGAGGAGCACAGCGGUGGCCACAAGGACGUGACGUUCUUUGAGAACGACGGCACGAAGACGUUGGACCAGCUUAAUGAUAUGGAAAAAGUGGGCUGCAUGGCCUCUGGUAUUCGCUAUCACGAGAAAAAUGCCGCCUUCAGUCCGUCGUUCAAUAUGUCUCGUGCUAAAAUAACGUACACACAAGCGGAUCAGCAAUUUUCGAUCUUGAUCGACGCUGAUGCUUCAGGCAACUGGGUUCACUGCUAUAGCCACCGUCUUACCAUUGGUGAUGACUGGAUGAAUGAUGCAUUAUUUGGCGUCACAGCUUCGACUGGCGGUCUGGCUGAUAACCACGACGUUAUUGCUUUGAACGUUUACGACGAAGUAUUUGACUCGCAUGCUGCUGAGGAAGAUAACAAGCAGCGCAGUGCUGUUGAGAAGAGUCUCGACACUACUCUAAAUAGCGGAAACAGCGAUGAGAACAUCCAGGUGGUUAAGCGGAAGUACACUCGAUUGCUUGAGGAUUUCGAGUACCAAUUGACUGCGCUGAAGGAAUCUAUGGAGAACACAAUCCAGAAGCUGAAGGAAAGGGGUGCUGAGGAUGAGAAGCGGAUUAUUGAGCUUGAGACUUGGGCAAAUGGAAAGGUUGUUGAGCGUGUCCAUAGCACUGUGACCGCGAUUCGCGACCAAGUGGAAACGCAGCUGGAAGAGACUGUUAAGGAAACGGCAGCCAAAUCUAGUAGCUGGAAGACGCCGUUUUUCAUCGUCGUGGUCAUUAUUGCGGGUAUUGCGGCCAUCGGAUACAAGAAGUACCAAGACCUUCGAAAGACCCACUUUCUCUGA